AUGUUCUCAAACGGCAGUGACAUCCAGGAGAGAUGUGGAUGCGAGCACACGAGACGCCUACACACAUCUCAUGGUAUCCACCGGCACUCCUCCCUCCCUCCUCACCACCGCCUUCCGUGUCUUGCGCUCGUCCUUCCCUUCCUUUCCUUCCGUACCUUCCUUCCUGUGCUUUCGUCCGUUCUCUCGUCUCCCAUUCGCUCUCCUCCUUGUUUUCUCCAGGCGUCCCUCCACCACGCAGUACUGGACAUUCCUCUGGCUGCAGUGAACCCAGUGGAUCUCGCGUUCGAGUCCACUCCUCUGCUCAUCAUCAACGGUUCCCUUCUUCCCGCUCCUGCUCCCACUGCUGCUCCUGCCGCAUCUGCUGGCGGUGCCCCUGCUGCUGCUGGCUAUGGCGUCUCCUCCACCACUCCAUCCCACACAUCCCCUGCCCCGGCCACCCCGCCUCCUUCUACUCCUGCUGCAACCGCCGCUGCUCCAGCAUCCCCAUCCACUCCCCUCACGCCCUCCACGCCUCCCUCGGAAUCAGCAGGGGCGGGCGGAGGGGAUGGGGAGAGGAGCAGCAGCAGUGCGCGGAAAGCAGCAGCAGGAACGCCGUAUUCGCCGUCGGUGGUGGCGUCUGGUGGUCGGUCCGGGGGAGGAGGCGGGGGAGAGAGAGGGAGUGGGGGGUCGCUCAUGGAUGCUGCAGCGGAUGCGGUGAUGCGGCUACAGCACAUGUUGCCUGCGUUCCUCGCGUCCUCCCCUCCUCCCCCUCCCCCCACUCGUCCACUCAUCGCAUGGCACCGCUUCUCACCACGCCUUCUCGCAUCGGGCCCUCUCGACCGCCUUCUUCUCUUCGACCUCCAUGCUUCUGCUCUGCACUCAGGUCCCUCGCUCUCCCCCCCACCGCCCUCCAUCCUUCUGCACGAGCUGCAGCGCCACGUGUCGUGUGUUGACUGGCGGCCCAAGGCAGGCGCCACUCUGGCUGCGUUCCUCCUCUUUCAUUUCGUAUCUUCCCCCUCCUCUUAUCCCUUCCUUCCCCUCCUCCGUUCCCCCACUCCUUGUUCCCCCUCUCAUGCUCCCCCUUCUACGUGCCCCCCUCCUGCUCCUCCAUCACUCGUCUGCAACCUCCCCCUCUCUAUGUCCCCCACCUCCCCCGGGCCCCCCACCACACCCCCGCCCCGCCUCCCCCGCCACACAACCCCCGCCCUCCACAUGCCACCACCACUGCGUGCUGCUCUCAGGGCGGGCAUCUGCCUGUGGAACCUGGCAGGGCCUCUCCUGGUGGAGGGGCCAUCUGGGGGCGACACAGCUCUAUCCGGCAUCACAGGGGCCAGCAUGGGAGCAGUGGGGGGAGGAGGGGGGGGAUGGGGAGUAGGAGGAGGAGGUGGAGGUGUGGGGAGCGGUGGGAGGGGGUGUGUGGUGCCGGCGUGCAUGCAGUUUCUUGCCAGCUCGCCGCAGCGGCAGCAAGGGGCGGUCACUAGUGUGGCGUUCAGCCCGUGCGUGGCAACGCCCUUGCGCCGUGGCUUCGCGGGAGUGAAGAUGCUGCGCUGGUCUCCCCGCGGGGACUGCCUCUUCAGCUGCCUCCUCGAUGGCACAUUCCAUGUGUGGGAGGCAGAGUCGUGGACAUGUCAGCAAUGGUCUGUGGGCGCGCAGCAAAUCACCGCAGCAGCGUGGAGUCCUGACAGCCGUGUGCUGCUCCUCGCAUUCCACUCCACGCCCACUCUUGCUGCAGUGCACAUUGCCCGCUCGCCCCCCGCACUCGACAUCCACGUGCUGCCUCUCGAGCUGCCAGACCUCGCUUCCCUCAUGGUCGAUCCCAUGGGGCCCCCUGAAUUAUCCACCUUUGGAGGAGUGCAGGACAUGGCAUGGGAUCCCACGGGCAGGCGCCUGGCACUCUCGUUCUCCUCGGGUCGCAUGGACACAGCUGGACUGGUGGCGCUCUUUGACACUCACCUCGCUCCCAUCCUCACCGCCUCCCUCUUGGGUGUGAUUCGAGGCCCGUCAACAGCAGCACCGCCACCACCACCACCGCAACCUGUAGCAUCAUCGUCCUCCUCCCCACCACCGCCACCACCAUCACCACCUGUGACACGACCAGGGGAGCAACCAGUUGCACCUCUUGCCAUGUCCUUCCGUCCCAACUUCAAGCAUGGAGCUCUGCUGUCCAUUCUGUGGUCCUCUGGACUUUGCCGGACGUACCCAAUGCUCUUCACAGGCUUCUGA